CAGAGGUGCAUUUUUCCAGAAUUCCGUGCCGCACGAGGUUCUGAAUUUUUCGUUUAGUUAAAAGGAAUACUUGACACACCAAUUUGCACUCAAAAGACGUUACGAAAAAUCCGACUGAUUCGAAGAUGGCUUUGAACGUGCCAAAAAUUAAGUUUUACAACGGCGACGAAAUUCCUGCUUUCGGCUUGGGAACAUGGAAGUCGCAGCCCGGCGAGGUAACCCAAGCCGUCAAGGACGCAAUCGACAUCGGCUACAGGCACAUUGAUUGCGCCCAUGUGUACGGUAACGAGAAAGAAGUUGGCCAAGCCAUCGCCGCCAAGGUCUCCGAGGGAGUGAUCAAACGAGAGGACCUUUUCAUCACGAGCAAACUAUGGAACACCUACCACAAACCAGAGCUCGUCGAGGUUGCUCUGAAACGGACCUUGGCCGACCUUGACCUCGACUAUCUCGACCUCUACCUCAUCCACUGGCCGGUCGCCUACAAGGAUGGCCCCGAUAACUUUCCCAAGAACGAGAAUGGCCAACCCCUGCACGACUCUACUGUUGACUACUUGGACACCUGGAAGGCCAUGGAAAAGAUGCAUGAGAAGGGCCUCGCCAGGAACAUCGGCGUCAGUAACUUCAACUCUGAACAGCUCACCAGAGUCAUCGAGAACUCGAAGAUCAAACCGGUUGCCAAUCAAAUCGAGUGCCAUCCGUACCUGACCCAAAAGAAACUGUCGGAUUUCUGCAAGUCCAAGGGUGUUGUCAUCACUGCCUACAGUCCUCUUGGAUCUCCGGAUAGACCGUGGGCCAAGCCCAACGAUCCAAAACUGAUGGAGGACAAGAAACUCCUCGAGCUCAGCCAGAAGUACAAAAAAUCUCCAGCUCAACUCCUCAUCCGUUAUCAACUCGAUAGAGGCCACGUUGUCAUUCCAAAGUCAGUCACCAAGUCGCGCAUUCUCGAGAACAGCCAGGUCUUUGACUUUAAGCUCAGUCCGGAAGACAUUGCCUACAUUGAUUCGUUCGACUGCAACGGUAGAAUAUGCCCGAUGACUGGAUGCGAGUCGAGCCCCCACUUUCCUUUCGCCAUCCCUUUUUAAAUGAGACCGAAGAGUACAAAGAGUUAUAUUAGUGUCUAAGUCAUGCUGAUUAGAGAUAAGUGAUAAUUUUAUUCAACAGUAUGCAUACUGUGGAGAGAUGAUAUCGUUCCAGUGAUACUUUGUUUGAAAGAUGAAUUCGAGACGCUUCGUCACGAAAUUUCGCAAUAUUCUUCAACGAUGUUUACGAAAACUUAUCUGUUUUACGCUCGUAAUACAUCGAUGAUUUUGCUAAUUCUGUUGAUUUCAUGGAGUGUAUAAAAAACUAUUUCUCGUUCGUUACCAAUAAAGUACUUUAAAAAAAAAAAAAAAAAAAAAA